GUGAGGUUGCCGUUAACGAAUCGUUCCCAUUAACGAAUCACUUUCAUAUAAACAAUUCUGUAAUUUUCUUACCAGGGACCAAUACUUUGCUUAACCUAUCCUGUCAUGCUGAGUUAUUCACGCUUUUGUCAUUUAACAUGAAAUUAUUAAAAAUCAUCUUCUUCAAUGUCGUAAUUUUUAAACAAAAACCAACAAGCUUUUUCAUGACGCAGACUAGAAGCGUGCGUGCAGCAGACUACUUUCACUUUACGGUUGAGUUCUAAUCUGAACGGUACGUUGUAGGUAAGUGAAUUUAGUACAGAUGUUUGAUAAAAUUAUCUGUCUAAGAACACUGACAGUGGCAUACAAUUUCUUAAUCAGAGAAUAAUUCUAUUAGCUAAAGAGGUGUAUGUAGUUAGGUUUCCAAUAACGGAUCACUGAUACAAGAAGAAUCGCUAGAUGCAGGGACCCUGUCAAACUUUAUUUUUUCGCGUGCGGUUAUAUUUGCACAUUUGUUACAAUAGGAUUUAACAAAUAUUUAAAUGCACUUCAUCCCCUUUUGUAGAAAAUUUCUCUAUCCGAUAAUAAUUUAAACUAUACUUUGGUAUUCCUGCAAUAAUAAAUUCAUUAAAAUAUAGGCAAUGCUACUAGCCUAAAAUAAUUUUUUUUCUUACUUUUACUGACAAUAUAUAAUUAUAUGGACUUUCAGAUAUGUCUCCCAAAAAAGUGAAAAAUAAAGGUGGUGGAAACACACCUACCCAGAAAUCUGCAGCCAAAAUAACAAAGAAAUACAGAGGAUGCGGAAAGAGAAUGUCUCCACACAAAAGGCAAAAAGUCAGAAGAGCAUUAUACGAUGUAAGUAAAAACAAUCAGUCAAUUAGGAAAGCAGCAGAGGAGAAUGAGCUCUCUUAUUCAUUUCUAUAUCGACGGUGGAAAGGUGAAGUAGACCCAUAUAAAGUAAAAGGACAACCUCCCGUAUUCACUGAAUCAGAAGAAACAGCCAUGGCAAAGUGGCUUUGUGAAAUGUCACAAAGGGGUAUGGGUUUGAGGAUGUGUGAGUUUUUAGACUUUGUACAGUCAAUUGUUAACAAAGAAAAGCGCCAGGUGCCGUUUAAAAAUGGAAGACCAGGUAAAAAAUGGUUUUAUGCAUUUAUGAAUAGAAAUUCCCACAUUAUCAACCAAAGAGUAGAGACAGCGCUAGAGCUAAAGAGAUCUCAGGUCACAAAAGAAAAAAUGGAUGCAUGGUAUGACAGAUUUAGAAAUUUUUUGCUAAGCAUUGGUCUGAUUGACAAACCAAGCAAAAUAUGGAAUGCUGAUGAAACAGGUUUCAAUAUGGGCAGCAACAAAAGCAAAGUCAUAGGGCCAACUAGACGAGACCUAGGUGUGCCUCACAUUUCCUUUGGGAAACAGCGUCUCACUGUGAUGUUUUGUGGCAGUGCCUCUGGGCAAAUGAUGCCUCCAUUUCUCGUUUACCCAGAACCAAAACCAAGGGGUUAUAAUCCUCUCAAUGGGUCUAUAGAUGCAUGGAACAGAUCUUGCAUAUACAAAGAAAGGGUGGAUGGACAGAAUAAAGCAGCAAAUGAAUGUGCAGAGGUUGAGAAUGAGACAAGUACUAGUAGUCAAGAAGAAUCCGAGGAACAAAAGAAAGCCAAAGGUGCACUUGAGGUUUUUCAGAGCACUCUUUCCACAUCUGUCCGGCAGCGCUAUGCCAAUCAAUUAGAGGAAGCUCUGUUACAGUUAGACACCCAACAGCGUGAACAGUCUACUCCUCAUGAUCAUGAAGACAGUAACAGACGAAUCAGAGAACAUUCAGAUACUGGUGAUGUGCUGAUGUCUCCUGUGUUGAAAGAAAGUUUGGUCUACCCUAAGGCAACUAACAGUUUAACAAGAGCACGACAGUCUAUUUUAGAUGCAUGCCCUGAUCACCUGACCUCCCCAGAAAGUAUCAGAGAGUUCUCCUUAAAGCAAUUAGAGACAGUCAAGUCUUUUGCUGAAAAAGAAAGAAAAGCUAAACUUCGGUACAUGAAAAAAUCAGCAAAAAAAGAGAAGAAAACUGUACAAAAGAAAAGAAAGAGUAAAGUAUGUCACAAAAUUAAGUCAAAGACUUUGUGAAAAAUAACAUGUGACAGUGACAGUGAUGAAACUCUAGGCCUAGAACAGGAUGACACAAAACCACAUUGCCAAGCAUGUCAGGGAACAGAGCAAGAGGAUGAGGAGUUGGGGUUGGAGAGACUUUGGGUUCAAUGCGAUUCCUGUGACAACUGGGUGCACACAGAGUGCUUAUCUUAUGACGUUGACGUGAAAGCAAGCUUUGUGUGUCCGAAAUGCUCCAAAAAUUAACUGGGUGCUUACUGAUGAGUUGUUGUGUAUUUUCAUAAUUUUACUCAUACAUGUAAUUGGAAUCUAGGGGAUUUCUGUACAUUACACUGCUUUCAACAAAAAAGCACUGUAAUGGAUAAAAAUCCAAUGGAUUCUGACAAUGCAUUAUAUUUAGUAUUUAGAACAUGUGAUGUUCUAUAUCUAUAAAUUUCAAACAAUUCAAACUCUGCUAUAACAUCUGAAAUGUUCAAAAAAAAUUAUUACAAUAACACAUUUUACAGUACUCUGUAUUACUUCUUUUUCUACAUUUUUGAAAUAUUUUUUUUUUCGUUUUCAGUCUACAAUGGAUGCUGAAAUCAAGAAUUCAAGCAGUUCAAGUAAAAUAAUUAUCAACAAAUGUGUUGUGAAAGGCUAUCAUGCCUUCAAGAUCCGUCCCCCCUUCACAUCUCCUCCAACCCGUUUACUAGUGGAUAGAGAAUACUCAAACAUUAAAGAUGUAAAUGCAUGCUUGGUCUGGCUCCCACCAUUGAACAAAUUCCCCCCCAUAUGCAUGAUAAUAUUACAGAUGAAAAGCGCCAGCUAAAAUUAAGUGACAUUGCUGGGCUACCCAUCGGACAUGUACCGAGGUGUCUCUCUUCUCAUUUUCGGGACGUUUUGGAUAAUGGGGGGGAAAUAUAUGCUGAAGUGACUGGACAACCAGUGCCAAGUUU